CUCCAACCUCUCCUCUCCGCAAUGAUCAGGAUCGACCGUAACCUGCCAACCACAUACCCACCUCUCUUCUACCACUGUCGUACCCGGCGUACGGGACCGUUGUGCCGUAUCUACUUCGAAUACGAUGGACGUAUCGUGAAUAUUCCCUAUACUUUCUCCUGGCUGCUAUCCUCGCUACCAUAUACUGUUCGUUAAAUUUAACCACUUUUGUACCAGCAUGUCGCUGAUCCAAGUGGAGGAAUUGGUAUCCUACCAACUCCGCACCAGCUACCUCAAUGAGGUGGCCGACGGUGUUGGGGAGCGCCUUCUCACCAUCAACGAUAGUUUCCUCAACACUGCCCCUUUUAAAGCCGCUGGCUGGCGAUUGAACCCCUCACACAUCAAGCGAACGCAUUCCCCUCCGAUCCCCACCGCUGUUGCCUCUGAGUAUUUCCAGGCUGCGCCUCGGCUGACCGGCCUGACGCUCGAAGAUGAGGCUGAAGAGGGCGGCAUGUUGACAGGCGGCGGCGGGGACACCCUAGGACCGGCCAGUGCCGUGAAGCGUCGGAGAGAACGGCGCCGGGAACAGAUGGAGGACGACGAUAGCAGUGACCUGAGCGACGAGAGCGACGAUGAUGCCGACCCGAGGGCCGCCCAGCAGAUACGAUUCGCCAAGAUGCCUCUUAGGAGCCGCGCGGGGUCAUCCCCGAUCCAGUCAUCCAAUCUACGUCAAGCUACUACCAUGUCCUCUCCGCGCGCCACCCCGGCCCCUCGACGGGGAUCCCAACCCACAUUGGAGACGGUAAAGGAGCGGCCGCGGCGCGAUACAGUUACGAGUAGCGAGAUUUCCUCCGACAAUGAGUUCGACGCCUCGGGCUUCCACAAGCACAGAGAGGAGGAGAGAGCUAGGGCGAUGUCACGAUCCAGGGGUGCUGCCGAACAAAGUCAGGGCAUCAAACGAAAUGAAAGCGACCUGCUCAUAGAGGAGGAGGACGACGACUCGGACAUGUCCGAUGCCUCCUCGGCUUUCAUCGAAAGCGUCGAUUCCGCCUCUAUCUUGGAUGCCGUCGAGAACUCUACCGUCGGCACUUCUCCGGGUCAGCAAGUCGUUGGCACCGUACCGAAGCAAUUGCUGCGACAAUCUACCGUGAGGAGACUGCCGUCGCAAUCGCAGCCUCGGUUACUCCAAGCCCUCCCGCCGCCCCGGCCCAUGAGUACCAUUCGCCCCCUUAGUAUGCUUCAGCCCCGCAGUCUACUUUCGGAUGCCUUGAAGGCGAAAAAGACCAAGCCGGCGAUGCCGUUUGAUACGUUCGCGACCCUAUCCGGCCAAGGAGAUCCCGACCCGCUUAGAAUAAGAAUCUACGCGCCGUUCUCCAGCGACCCGGAGACGCCGUUCGAGGUCCUCAUUCGACGCAACAUCCAAGAAGCCGAUGGCACCUUUAGACCGGUAACCGUCGCAGAGUUGAUUGGCCUGAGUCUGUGGAGGUAUCACGCGGAGAAACUUCAGCCGUCGGUGCCUGCUGAUAAGCUAAACGUAAACUGGUGGACGCUAAGAAUGGUCGAAGAAGGCGGCGAGGUUGACGACGAUUUCGAGCCGCUAGAUCGCACUGAGCCCGUGAACGCCUUUACUACGGCGAACAACAGGGCAGCGAGAUCGCGGUCGGCUUCCAAGACCUACGACGAUUUUGCCCUGGUGCAGGCCUCAGAGGAAGGCUUCGAAGAUAACCAAGCUCAAACACCUCAAUACGAGCAGCAGGACGUAGUAGAGGAUGCAGCUGGAGAGGAGACAACCCCGAGGAGCACGCCCCAACCGCAAACUUCUCCGCUAACGGCGUCGCAACCACGGACCAAUCCUAUCGUCACCACCACUUACCGCGCCGGCGCUGCCGAUAAGCCGGUAGCUCCAGCUUCCGCUCCGGCUGCCAGUAGGGGACAGCACAAACUUCUACGGGUCCGUAUGUUGUCCUCAGACGUUGCUCCCGGCCAGAUGGUCACGCUCGAUGUUACGACGGACAUGUACCUCGCCGAGGUUCUCGACCUAGUGUGCCGUAAGAGGCAGCUGGAAAAGAGCACCCACGUCCUCAAGCUUCCCGGGUCCGGCGCGGUAGUCUACCUGGACCGCGCAGUCUCAUCUAUCGGCAACGCCAUGGAUUUGGAGCUCCACCGUCGCCGGUUUGCCACCGACGGUCCCCUGACGAUCACGGGAUCGCCCAGCAGCUCUUCGCUCAAGCCGCACGUCUGGAACGAGCCGCAGAAGGGGAAGAAGAAGCUCAUGACGACUCACCCGCUCGCGCAGGAGACGAUGAUGCAGGACGAAGUCGGCAGCGGCGACGUGAAGUACAAGAAGUAUACCGUCUGGCGCAAGCAACCGAUGAGAUUCGGGAUGAACGAGCGCAUCCUCGCCAUCGACGGCGAGUACGUGUACAUCAUGCCCUCCUCCGGGGGCAAGGCGACCCGCGAAGGCGGCAAGACCACGACGGUCCACUUCAGCAACAUAAUCGGGUGCAGCGUCUCGCGCCGCCACCCGACCAAUUUCAAGCUGCUGGUGUACAAAGCGACCGAGAGUAAGAGGUAUGAUUUCGAAGCCAGAAAUACGCAAGAGGCGCAAGAGAUUGUCCGCGAACUCAAGAAGGGAAUCUCGCCCUACAAUAGGGAUGCUUAAGAGAUUUCCGUGACGGCUUGCCGGAUAUGCGGCGUGUACCGACUCCACGCCGCGAUGCUAUCCCCUCAGGGUAUAUGGAAGUACGCCGAUCUUGCGUUGAACGGCCCGAAAGAAUAACUGGCCAUACCAUGCAAUGAAUUGUAAGACGAUGGGCCGUUCCGUCCCCUAUUUUUCGUACAUCACUAUAGUAGUGUUAGCUGUGCCCCACGCACGCGACGACGGGCCGCCUUUCUCGCCCGUCUCCUUGUGUUGUUUUUAGGUCCGUCCGGCAGAUGUGCAACAGUACUUUAUAUAGCUAGGAGUGGAAUUUAACAGGUUCCUUCGGUUCAACGUUACGACUGUACGUGAUGCACCCUUUUUU